GCUCGCAUCUGUGGGCAUGUCUGUGUUUUCGGUUUGGAGUUACAGAAAGUUUCUGUAAGAAUGGCCUCCAAACGGCGGCAGGAGUGCGGCAGCGCAGACGGGAAGAGGAAGAAGAAGAGCUGCCCCGCAGAAGCGGCGCAGUUCGGUUCAGCGGUGGAAGACGAGCAGGUGAAGAGAGCCGUGAAGGAGGCAUGGAGCCGCCGGAGUCCGUACUCGGAGGGCGAUCUGGAGCUGGACUGCUUCCCUUUCCCUCACUGCAUCAUCAAAAACUUCCUCAGCAGUGAAGUGUUUGUGGAAAACCUGCAGAAAGAGCUGCUGGGACUCGACUUCCAUGAGAAGUCAAAUGAUCUGUACAAAUUCAAACAGUCAGAUGACUUGAAGAAGAGAACAGAGCCGCAUAUCGCAGGACUUAGGGAGGGACUGUUUGGGCGUUUCCGGUCCUGGCUCGGGGAGGUGCUGGGGGUCGAGCUGGAGCCCACAGUAGAUAUUUCUUGUGCCAGAUACGAGCACACUGAUGUUCUCUUGUGUCAUGAUGAUGAACUGGAGGGACGGAGAGUUGCUUUCAUCCUCUACCUUGUGCCUCCGUGGCAGAGCAGCGACGGGGGAACUCUCGAUCUUUACUCAAUAAACAGUAAUUUCCAGCCGCAGAGCAUAGUGAAGUCGCUGGUCCCCUCCUGGAACACACUCGUCCUGUUUGAAGUGUCUCCAGUCUCUUUUCAUCAAGUGUCUGAGGUUUUGUCGAAGGACAAGUGUCGUCUGUCUCUGAGUGGCUGGUUUCAUGGGCCGUCGUUGGAACGUCCUCCCCGACACGUGGAGGCAGCCGUCCCUCGAAGUCCACACUUACCAAGAGAUGAGACGGUGCUGCUGGAGUGGGUCAAUCCUGCCUACUUGGAUAUCUCCUAUCAGGAGCAGAUUCAAGAGGAGUUUGAAGACAGUUCUGAAAUUCAGCUUAAAGAUUUCCUCAAGGAGGAGAAGUUCAGGGAGGUGAGUGAAGCUCUGCGACUCACUGAGAUUGAGUGGAUGAGGAAAGGUCCGCCCAACAAACGAUGCUAUGAAGCAGCAUCUCUGGAUUCCCUGCCUCCGUGUGUGAAGGCAUGUUGGGAGCUGCUUCAUUCAGAGGCCUUUUUCCUGCUGCUCUCCAACUUCACCGGCCUUCGGCUGCACUACCUGUGUCCUGCUGAUGAACGACGAGAUGAUGGUGAUGAGAAGAAGGACGAAGAGAAAAAGAACAAGCAGGAGGACGGCGGAGCCACUGGGUCGUCGACAGACUCGGCAGCGAAUGCGAGCAAAGAGAAAGAGCCCAGUAUACCAGUGUGCUGUGGUGAAGUACGGCGAUGGUCUCAUGGGAGCUAUACACUGUUGCACGACGGAGAGGCAGCACAGGCGGAGUACGCGCUGGAUCUCGUUUUACCGUUUGGCUGCACAGACUGGCAGUCUGAGUUCGGGGGUUUGACGUGUUACGUGGCCAAUGAAGAGGACGAGGAGCUUCUGACCAUCUACCCAGAGGAGAACUCCCUCGCUCUCGUCUAUCGAGACAAAGAAACCCUAAAAUUUGUCAAACAUAUCAACCACAAAAGCACUUCUGCUGGUUCUUCACCCUGCAGAGGAUUUUAUGACUUCUCCUUUGUCUACUACGAAUAAAUAUAUCUAAUUUUGAUGUAU